AUGACGCGUUUGAGAUCUGCCGCCAGCACAAUCACCAACCGGUCGACGCCGGCGUUGGCGCUAACGGCAUCCCACGCGGGCUCGCAUCCCGCCGUCAUCGUGCCGAUCCAACCGCUCUUGCUCACGCUCGAGCACCGCCCAUCAUGCCCGCACCGUGUGAGUUAUCCCGAAAUCGAGGCAUACCGCGGCAUCAGUAGCUCACUGCGUUCUCACAAUGCGAUUGUCCGUGCAAGUGACAUCAUGGCGCAAAUUGACCCCAGAGACGUUGGUACGCCCGAUGAGUGGGUACCCCGGCACCCUGAGCUGAUCCGGCUCACGGGACGACACCCGUUCAAUAGUGAGCCCCCGCUGAAGUACGCGAGCACCUUUAUCACACCCAUGGCAUUGCACUACGUUCGCAACCACGGCCCCGUGCCGAGACUCGAGUGGGAUACACAUACGUUCUCGAUCGACGGACUGGUGAAGAAGCCGCGUACGUUCGGCAUGAACGAGCUGGUCACCACUUUUGAACAGGAGACCGUGACGUUCCCGGUGUUGCUGGUAUGUGCCGGUAAUCGCCGUAAAGAACAGAAUAUGAUCAAGAAGACUAUCGGCUUUAGUUGGGGCGCGGCCGGAUGCUCCACCGCUGAGUGGACAGGAGUCCCGCUUCACGUACUGCUGACGGCUUGCGGUGUUGAUCGAGAGAAGGCACAGUGGGUGUGGUUUGAGGGCAUCGAGGACUUGCCACACGACAAGUACGGCACGUGCAUUCGUGCCAGUACGGCGUUGGACCCGGCGUGCGAUGUUCUGGUGGCGUGGAAAGCCAACGGUGAGCUACUCGGUCCUGAUCAUGGGUUCCCUGUGCGCCUUAUUGUCCCAGGUCACAUCGGUGGACGCAUGGUCAAGUGGCUCGCACGGAUCCACGUGAGCGAUCACGAGUCCUCCAAUCACCAUCACAUUAUGGACAAUCGCGUACUACCGUCGCACGUCACUGCCGAGACGGCAACGGCGGAAGGUUGGUGGUCCAAGUCGCCGUACGCGAUCAUGGAGCUUAACGUCAAUGCCGUGGUCAUUUUACCGAACCAUGACGACCUGUUGGCUCUCGGUGAAGACACCACGUUUAACGACAUCGAGACGUACACGAUCAAGGGGUACGCGUAUUCAGGCGGUGGUCGGCGAGUUAUUCGCGUAGAGGUGACGCUAGACGAUGGCGCAUCGUGGCAGCUAGCUCGCAUCAUUUACCAUGAGAGGCCAAGCAAGUACGGCAAAAUGUGGUGCUGGGUGCACUACGAGUUGGCCGCUCCGAUGAGCAGUCUGCUUUGUGCUCGAGAAGUGUGCGUUCGAGCUUGGGACAGCUCGAUGAACCUCAUGCCAGCGUUCCCUACAUGGAAUGUUAUGGGCAUGAUGAACAACCCUUGGUACCGCGUCAAGAUCCACCACGAACAAGACACGAACUCGCUACGGUUCGAGCAUCCGACUCAAGCAGGAAACCAGAAAGGUGGCUGGAUGACCAAGGAACGGAUCAUGACUAACGACGUCGACUCGAUUAAGAUGCUGCAAGUGGAGCCACUUGACACGAGCAGUGCUGCAACACCGAAGCCUGGUCUGACUGCAGACGAAUUGAGUGAGCUGCCUCUGAUUUUUGCAGACGAAGUUGCAAAACACAACUCGAAGAAAAGCUGCUGGUUUAUUUGUCGCGACCUGGUGUACGACGCAACACCGUUCCUGGACGAACACCCUGGUGGAGCCACAAGUAUCUUGCUGUGUGGUGGCACAGACUGUACGGACGAAUUCGAGAGCAUCCACUCUACCAAAGCCUGGCAAAUGCUGAAGAAAUACUGUAUCGGACGUUGUUCAAGCACAGAGGACGACACUGGAACCAGCGAUACCUCGUCGGACCAUGAAGAGACGGACGUGGCGCUCAAAGGCGCUACCAAGGUGCCUAUCGUACUGAUCUCAAGAGAGGUGGUCAGCCACGAUGCACGCAUCUUUAAAUUUGCUCUGCCUGCCAAGGAUCUGAGACUCGGACUACCUAUUGGCAACCACGUUUUCUUGUACGCGAAGAUCAACGGCAAGACCGCCGUGCGUGCGUACACACCGAUAUCGUCCGAGAACGACGAAGACCGAGGAUUCGUGUCCUUCCUCAUCAAAGUCUACUUUGCAGGCGACAACCCUGUGCAUCCAGAAGGAGGACUCUUUUCACAGUAUCUCGAUGGCUUGCAUCUUGGUCAACAGAUUCAGAUCAAGGGACCGCUGGGCCACUUCACGUACUACGGAGACGGCAAUUUCUCCCUCGAGACGACCAAUUUUCACGCCUACAAGUUCGGGUUCGUCGCCGGAGGGACAGGUAUCACGCCCGUCUACCAGGUCAUGCGCGCCAUUCUUGAAGACGCAAAGGACCAGACCAAAGUUGCGCUCAUCUAUUGCGUGCGCUCGCAGCGUGACCUGCUGCUCCGAAAGGAACUUGAAACCCUACAAAAGCUGCGACCGGGUCAGUGCCGGAUCUUCUACACUUUGUCAGACAUGGAGCUGCUUGAUAGGAACGACCCUAUUGUUCGAGGGUGGGCGUACGGUAAGAGUCGACUUAACUUUGCCAUGGUGAAGAACAUCAUCGGCUCGGACGCCGACCACGUUUGCAUGUGCGGCCCCGAGGGUAUGAUUGAGUACGCCUGCAAGCCAGCGCUACUUAAGCUGAACUACGACCUCAAAACCCAGACCACCGUGUUUUAAUUGCACUAUUUCGUGUAGCUAAGCUAAAAGUUUCAAAGAGAAUCGUGAUCUAAAAG